GCUUAUGAAUAGCUAUUCAUCAAAUGAUAUUAAUCAAAAAUUGGUUUUCAACCUUAUCAAUUUAACAUUUUCUUCAUUAUGUCCAACCUUAUUUUUCAUUACUCAAUUAGACUCCCAUAAUUUAAUCUGUGCUGCCACAGAAACUUACGUUUACAAAAUUAUCAAUAAAGUCCUACACUUAUCUUCAGAUAAUUCAUUGUUUUGGUUGAGUUUAAUUAACUUUGCUCAUGACGUUUGCUUUACCGAUAUCACUUGGUGCCCGAUGUUCGAAAAACUAUUUGAUUACUUAGUGUCCAACAGUCAUGAAAUCAUUGGUGAUACUCUUGUCAAAAGUGGAUUGGAAGCUUUCGUAUCCACCUUUAGUGAUGGAAAAGCUAGUCUUGAUGCUCUUCGUAUAUUCCUAGACUUGAAACAUGUGGAUGUUGUUUCUUACUCAACCAUUGCUAAAUCUGAAUAUGAAUACUUGUAUAAUUGUGGAUUACUCGGUCGUAAACCGUGGGCUGCAAAUGAGCAAGUGAGUCUUGAGACAUCUUCAAACCUACCUCGAUCUCCCGAACGAAAGCAUUAUAUCGUCAAUUCAGCUAGAAAGCAAAGUGUUCAUGUCGAUGACUUUGAAAAUGAUUCUUUCAACUGAGUAUCUCUUUCUGUUAUAUCCCCCUGAUGCCCAUCUUUUCUAUAUUUUCUGUCAAUCUUUUGUUAUAUGCUUUUGUUAUAUGCUUUUGUUAUAGUAAUUAGUUAUAGUGUAGAGACUGUGUGCAGG